CUCAGCAGAGGCGGGAGGCGGGGCUCGGGUACAGAACGCGCUCGCGGGGUGCGUGCGGGGAGCGGCUCCCGGGCAUGCUCAGCUGGGCUCGGACCUGGAGGCUCCUCCCUGGGGGGCUCGAGCUCCCCAGAAUCUGCUUCUCCAGGGUGCCCGUCGCACCAAGCAGCAGCAGCGGCCGGAGCGGCGCCAAGCCGAGGAGAUCGGUGCCGCUUUCCUACAAGCUUCUGGAUGGGGAGGCGGGCCGCCCAGCCCUCGUCUUUCUGCACGGGCUCUUCGGCAGCAAAACCAACUUCAACUCUAUCGCCAAGGCCCUGGCUCAGCAGACAGGCCGGAGGGUGCUGACAGUGGAUGCCCGGAACCAUGGUGACAGCCCCCACAGCCCAGACAUGAGCUACGAGGCCAUGAUCCAGGACCUGCAGGACCUCCUGCCCCAGCUGGGCCUCGCGCCCUGUGUCCUCAUUGGCCACAGCAUGGGAGGCAAGACAGCCAUGUUGCUGGCACUGCAGAGGCCGGAGCUGGUGGAACGUCUGGUUGCCGUGGACAUCAGCCCAGUGAACACUAUAACCAGCUCAAACUUUCCAGCCUACGUGGCAGCCAUGAAGGCCAUAGACAUCCCAGAGAAGAUGUCCCGCUCCUCCGCCCGCAGACUGGCCGAUAAAAAGCUCAGCUCUCUUAUUCAGGACACGGCUGUGCGGGAGUUCCUGCUCACCAACCUGGUGGAGGCAGACGGGCGCUUUGUGUGGAGAGUGAACUUGGAUGCCUUGGCCCAGCAUGUGGACGAGAUCUUGGCCUUCCCUCCACAACAAGAGUCCUACCCUGGGCCUACCCUCUUCCUCCUCGGUGGAAAGUCUGACUUCGUGCAGCGGCCUUCUCCUCGACUGACAGUCCCAGUCACCACCCUGAGAUGAAGCGACUCUUCCCUGGGGCCCAGAUACAGAUCGUGCCGGAUGCCGGGCACUGGGUCCACGCUGACUGCCCACAUGACUUCAUGGCUGCCAUCCGAGGCUUCCUGGCCUGAGAGUUGCCGGCCACAGGGGCCACGUUUGAAGCCCCAGGUGUCGAGGCCCUGCAGCUUGUUCCCUGUUUCCGCACAGGACUCAGGUGGGCACUGAGAGGGCACGAGGUGCGAAGGUGGUCAGGCCUCAAGUUUUAAUGAAUAAAAGAUACUGUUCUCAA